CCCCACCCCCAAUUCAGCACUCAGUUAAGUGGAUCAAACGGAGAAAUUACCGGACAGCUCGAUGGAAACACAGUAGUAACGUUUGCUAAUAUUCGGUGGUCACGUUUUACAACUUUGAGCAGAUCGGGCUACCGUUUGUGGGCGCUGGUCCAAGCAAUGUUGCCGUUGCCGCUGACGGCAAACUGAGUUAACACUGUUGCUUCGAGUUUUAGCAUAGGUAACGUUACCGUUAGCUGUUUAGCAAGCAAAAGCUAAACAACUUCAGUGUUUACGGUCCCAUCGGGCUGCCCGCUUCUGGAGCCUGCCAGGUUAUCAACAAAACCGUCAGGUUGUCGGCUACUCGGUGAAGAUGGGUGACAUAAACCCAUCGACAUCCCAUGCAUUUCAGUCGGAGGGUUUCAGUCCGCCGUACAGGAGGAGGAGGACAGUGGAGGAUUUUAACAAGUUUUGCACUUUUGUUCUGGCAUAUGCCGGUUACAUCCCAUACCCCCAAGAGGACUCUCCACUGCGCAGUAGCUCAAGCCCUCCCAACAGUACAGGCAGCACAGCUGACAGCGAUGGUUGGACCCCAGGACCAGCAACCUCCUGCCCCCAACGUCCCCUGAAGGGCCCUCAGGACAGGAGCAGGAAACGUCCGCAGCCAGGACCCACGUUAUCCAGCCACGCCAAGAAAGAUCACACAAUCACCACCCUGCAUCCAGACGAUCGCAGGAAAGCUGACAAGCUGAAGAAGAAGAAGAAGAGGAGGAAGGAGAGGGAGGAGAGGGAGCAUCAGUCUGGUGAGGAACGUGGAGCUCACUCAGCAGUACCAGAGCUGCAGUGCCCACUUUCCUUUGGCGGCCGAACCAUCAAAGAAGAGCCAGAAGAUGACAUCAGCAUUCCCCUCCACCCCCAGUGCCUGCCUAGCCUGCCUAGCCCAUCCCCAUGCAAAGAGGAACCCAAGGAAGAGCGUCGAUACUGGGAUGGUCGAGACCUUGAGGAAGGGGUGGUAAAGAUACAGAAGGUAGAGGGCUUUUCAGGAAACAGAACGGUAUUCCGCCAGGGGAAGCAGGUGGUGUUCAGAGACGAAGAUGGCUCAGGAGAAGAUGAGGAUAUAAUGGUUGACUCUGAUGAUGACUCGUGGGACCUGGUGACAUGUUUCUGCAUGAAACCUUUUGCAGGCCGCGCCAUGAUCGAAUGUAACAAGUGCAACACCUGGAUCCACCUGUCAUGCGCUAAGAUCCGCAAGAGCCACGUGCCAGAGACAUAUGUGUGCCAGAGCUGCAGAGAAACACACGGAGCCCCGGACGCUCGACGCUCCCACCGCUCACGUGUAGGCACACGCAAACACAUGCUAGACUGACCCCAGGCGACAUCCUGAACUCUGACCCCUACUGAUCCUACUUUCCCUCCACUGGACUGGUCCCUUCUCAAAUUCAGGUCUUGCACCCUUCAGUCUCUGUCCUUCAUGGUUCAGCCAUGAACCCAAAUUUUCUAUGAACAUUUUAGUGGACCUAUCCCAAGCCCUUUUCCCAUUUGAGAACAGUUUGAGUGCUAUUUUAGAUUUACUAGGGUUUGUUUCUGCUUCCUACAGACUCUGUGCGUAAGGCAAUCACUGAAUGGAUGUCUGUCUGUAGAUGACAUUAGCCUAGCAGCAAACCGCUACUUUUGGGACUUGGUGUCUCGUGAACACUGGAAGCAUUUUGAACUGCCAUAUAGAGAGAAUAUCCUCACAACUGCCACCCACUAUGGUGCAUGCUGGGAUUUGUGGGAAAGAUGGUUUGCACUUCCUUUUCUUUUUUUUUUAAUCCAUCUGACCUUUCUUUCAGAGACAGGUGUGUCUUUCUGAUUUGAUUAAACUGGAUUUGAUUUCUCUAUGAUGCCUCUGUUAAUGUUACAUAAUUAACCAUUUAAAUUAAAACAAGUUAAGCCUUGUGUUAAUUGCUUCAGAUGGUGCUAUAGUAUUAAGCUGAGGUAUAAUCCAAUAGAACAAAGAUGUAGGAUAAGAGGCUAGAGUCUGCAUCUGCUUCAUCUGUUUGUUGUUCUGUUUUUCUUAAGACAUUUUAAAAGAAUAUCAUUGAGGCUAUUGGCCCAUACAGCUGAACCAAGCACUUGUCUUCCAGACUCUGAUAUUCCUCUGAAUCAAGACAUUGCUCAGCCAUACACAAAGCUUUCACACUUUAUGUUUCUCAAAGUGUUUAAACAGUGUUUCUGACCAGAUUUUGUUCCUAAUAAAAAAAUUAUGUAACAGUUAAAAAAAAAAUUCUGGUGAAUUGGGGAAGUUUUCAGUUAAGGUGUUUCCUGUCGUCUCUGGUCAGUACGAUUUUCAUAUAUAUAUAAAAAAUAUAUAUGCGUUUCAUGAAAAGUGUUGGGCUGUGGGAUUGUUCAUGAAUGCUUUUUUUUUUUUUUUUUUUUUUAAUUCCCUUUGUUAACUGAUGCUCUUGACAAAGUUUUCAGAGACAAAUAUAUUUAUAUAAAGGAACUACAGUCUUGUUAAAGUACUGACAGGAAAAAAGAGCUAUAUUUGACUGGAAUGGUAUCCGUGGGGGAAUCCUGUCGAAAGUCUGGUUGAAAUUAUGCACGCGAGUGUUUGAACGAGGGUGUUGGCGAUGCACGUGCUGCUAUGAGUUGUCUUAACUAAGCGCCGUGGUUUUUCUGUCUCUUUGCAAAGCACCAUGUACGGAUGCACUGACGUAUCGGCCAAAUCAGCGGUACUGGCCCACGUUGGCCUUGCUAAGCUGUUUUUACACUUUUAACUCUGCACAAAGUUGAGAAUUGGGGAUGUUGUCUACAUUUGCCCUUUCUGACAUGUAGCGCACAAUAAGAAAUGGGCCGUGACAGACGUGUUCUCACUAAGACAUUUGUGUUUUCAUGUGCCAGGUAAUGAGAGUCGAUCUGUUUUUAAAAUUUAAAGGAUUUAUUUGUCAUCCUGGCUCAAGAGGAGUAAUGCAUAAUAAAUGUAAAUAAAGAGGCCAAAGUUUUAUUUUAAAUGUCUGUAUUGACUCAGAAUUUUCAAAUCAGUGCACCCUUUGUACCACGGGUAGUUUGUGGUUUGCUUGUCUCUGAAAGGUCAGAGCAGAAGAACAGAUCUCAGUCCAUAAUCACUUCCCACUAACAUUUUCAUAACAGUAUUCAGUUCCAUAUGGAGCAGCUUUGAUGGAAAACGUUUCUCUAAAACUUGCUCCCGUUUAGAUAAAAAACUUUAAGCUUUGUUAUUCAUGUGCCAUCUGCUGUUGGUCUUGUGUGUGCAGGCUACAUGUUUCUGAAUAUAUUAUAUAUAUAUACAUACACACAUAUAGAUAUAUACAUAAAAGCCAUACUGUAGAGUGACAGGUUUAGACCUUGGAUUUUUGUCCGUGAUGGGGUUUUACAAUGCAGAAUCAAAGACUUGACCAGGGAACGACUAACGCAGACAAAGAAUGUUUGUUUGGUUUUGUAAAGAACACGAGACUUUCCAAGAGUUUGAAUGAUUAAAACUCAUCUGUGCACUCUCGUCUUCUGGUAUUUACAAAUGUUGGUUUGUACCCAGCAAUCACCUAAGUUGCAAUGUUUUUAAGACAUUUGAAGAACUAAAAAUCAUUUUGCUGUUUCUCAGGACAUGCAUGUCUUGAAGAGAAUCUGAAGACAGCUUCAGGCACAAGCUCAUAAUUUGAGUGUGCGUCUUAAAGACAUUGGUGUAAAAAAAGUAAAAAAAAAAAAAAAAAAAAGCUCAUUGUGAUACAGCUUGUUUAAUCUGAACCUG